AUGACAGCAGCAGUUGCAGAAACCUUAAGCCCCAUCUCAACUACAAUCUGCAACCCAAUUAAACCAGCACGAGUUUGCUUUUCAUACGCAGCUUACGCCAAAAAUGUCGUACAACACCUCAAAUCUUCCAACAUAAUCGUCGAAAAAGGACUUUCCGACGUAGAAUUCUCCUCCAUUGAGUCCACUUUCAACUUCAGUUUCCCUCCUGAUCUCCGUUCCAUCCUUCAAGAAGGUCUCCCCACUGGCUCUGGAUUUCCCAACUGGCGAUCCUCGUCACAACAACAACUAGAAAUCCUGAAAAAUCUCCCGAUCUUGAGUUUGUGUAAAGAAGUAAAGAAAAGGAACUUUUGGAUUGAUUCUUGGGGUGAUAGGCCAUUUGAUAAUGAUCAAGCUGUGGAUAUAGCAAAGGAGUUCUUGAAAAAAGCUGCCCCUGUUCUUGUUCCCAUUUAUCAGCAUUUUUAUAUACCGUGUACGCCGUGUUUGGCUGGGAAUCCUGUGUUUUACGUGCAUGAUGGGGAGGUUAAAUUAUGGAGUUUUGAUAUAUCCGGGUUUUUUCAGCAAGUAGAGUUUCAGAGCAAUGGGAUGCUUUUGAGGAGACCAAGUUUGUUUAAUUUGCUGAAUGCACCGGCAUGGGCGGCGACGGAGGCGAGGAAGAUUGAGUUCUGGACGGAUAUGACGGAGAUGGCGGCGGCGCGUGGCGGUGGAAAGCACCGGCGGUGGUGGAGUGAGGAUCUUGAAGGGUAUUUAGAGGAUGUGUUUUUGAGGUUGACCGAAGCGGGGUGGAAAGAAAAGGAUGUUAGAGAGAUGAUGAUGGUGGACGGCGGCGGAGACGGCGGUUCCGGUGGCCGGAGGAGACGCAGUGACGCCGGCGUAUUUGUCGACAAGAAAGGGGUGGAAUCGCACGUGAGGUUAUUGUCAAAGAGGUUAUUACGUGCGGGGUGGAGCACGGAAGAUGUGGUGGACUCUCUAGGGUCUCCAGAGGAAAUAUGUCCAGAGGAGGAUUCUUGCAUUGAUUUUUAUCAUAAUUCAAGCUAA